AUGGGGCUGCAAGCCGCCUUGAAGCGGGUGGAACUUCCCUAUGUUUCCCGCUGGAUUCUACUAUCACAGUAUGGCUUCACUGCCUGGGUCGGAGGAGAGUGUAUCUACGUGAUCCUCCUUUCCUGGGACCCAAGGCUCGAAUCCCACAUUCCCAACGGCAUGCCAGCGGACACGGGUAUGACAACUGCCCAAUUUGUCUCAUACAUUAUCUUCAGCGUCAUUUCUCUCCCAGUCAUCUGGAUCCGUCCGCACCGCCUCGAGAAGUUCUUCCACUUUGCCUGCUCCAUCACCCUUGUCUUCUUUGUCGUACUCCUCAUCUGGGCUCUUGCGACCAUGGGACCAUCAGGUUUCGGCGAUACCAUUACUUCAGGAUCGGUCCUACCCAACACAGGCGGACCGGACAGCGUGGCUUGGCUGAUGAUCUACGGCAUCGUAUCAACAAUCGGUUCCAUUGCAGCGGGUAUUCUGAACCAGAACGAUUAUUCUCGCUUCGCUACGCAGCCUAAGCACGCCAUCGUAGGCCAAGCUAUCUCAUUCCCUUUCUAUAGCAUCUUCAGCUCGUUGAUUGGCAUCCUCGUUACAGCGGCGACUCAGGAGCGUUUUGGUGGCGAGGCCAUCUGGAACCCGCCUACUCUCUUUUCUCAGCUGCUGGCCCAAGACGAAACAGCUGGAACACGGGCAGCCUGCUUCUUCGCGGGGCUCUGUCUUGUGAUAUCCCAGAUCGGAGUCAAUGUACCAGGAAAUGCACUUGCCGGCGGUUUUGACUUGGCUGCAACGUUUCCCAAAUACUUGAACAUCCGUCGUGGGGCCUACAUCACCGCAAUUUUCAGCGUUGUCGUCAACCCAUGGCGUCUUGUGAACACUGCAACAAUCUUUCUCACAGUCCUGUCGAGCUAUAGUGUCUUCUUGGCUCCGAUGACGGGGUUGAUGAUAUCUAGCUACUUGUUUGUUAAUAAGAGCAAGGUGAACGUGGACCACCUAUACCGUGGCGACUCAGGGAGCAUCUACUGGUUCUCCUGCGGUUACAAUUGGCGAGCACCAGUGGCAUGGCUUGUUGGUGUUGUGCCCUGCAUGCCUGGCUUCAUCGCUGCCGUUGACAGCUCAGUAACUGUGAGCGAAAGUGCCACAGAGCUGUACUCUAUGUCAUACAUCUAUGGGCUCUUUUCGAGCGGGUUGGUGUACGUCUUGCUCCAUAGGCUUUCUCCGGCGAGGAGCCUAGAUGCUUUUGUGAAAGAUGCGCCCUCAGCUCGCGAACUCCAACAAAUGCAACAGAGCAAGUGGGAUGUGACACUGGCCGAGACGCCUGAAAUUCUCCAAGUGCUUUCUGGACAUGGAGGCAAGAGAGUAAACUCCGCCGCGCCCUUCAAGAAAGAUGCAUAG